AUGGACGUCUUCAUCAGCUUCAUCAACCAGACCCAGGGCCGGGACCAACUCUUCAGAGCCACUAAGUACACAGGCAUGUUGCUUAGAUAUUUGUUAGAGCCUAAAGCUGACAAAGAGGAGGUUGUUAUGAAGCUCAAGAAACUGGAGUCCAGUGUGAGCACUGGCUCCAGCCUGAACCUUGUGAUUUAUUUCAUCUGUGACCCCAUCAUCUUCGUGAGGAGUGCAGGGCUUGCCUCUGGCAUUAACAAAGAGAAAUGGCGAAUGUGGGCUGCACGCCAUUACUACUAUUCUCUUCUGCUGAGCCUGGUCAGGGAUCUGUAUGAAAUCUCCCUGCAGAUGGAACAGGUUGCACACGACAGGGCAAAGAGGGAGAAAUCACCAUCCCAGGAUCCUCUUGGGUAUAGCGUGGCUAAUGAGGAACCAGAAUGGCUCCAGUUCUUUCUUCUUCUCUUAUUCCGAUCUCUGAAGAAACAUCUUCCCUUGCUCCUGGACACAGUGAAGAACUUCUGUGAUAUCCUGAACCCUUUGGACCAGCUGGGGAUCUAUAAGUCCAAUCCUGGCAUCAUAGGCCUUGGAGGUCUCAUGUCCUCUAUAGCAGGCAUAAUCACUGUGGCGUAUCCUCAGAUGAAACUGAAGACCCACUGA